ACCAGGUGGGGUGGGGGGAGCCUCUCCAGUCCCACCCAGUUUAGGGAAUGCCUCUGCCUCCUCCCCGCUUACCCCCCUUCACCUGGCUCUUAAAGGGCUCGGCUAUUUAAGGCCGAGGGGCGGCAGCAGGCAGCAGCUGCGCUACGACUGCUCUGGGAGGAGAGAACGGGGCAAAAACCCUGACCAUGACCCCGCACAGGCUGCUGCCGCCCCUGCUGCUAACUCUGCUGCUCGCUGCCCGCCCGGGAGGCGCCUUGGCCCGGUGCCCAGGCUGCGGGCAGGGGGCGCAGGCGGGUUGUCCAGGGGGCUGCGCGACGGAGGAGGGUGCGGGGCAGCCCUCAGAGGGAUGUGCGGAGGCUGGGGGCUGCCUCAGGAGGGAGGGGCAGCAGUGCGGGGUCUACACCCCUAACUGCGCCCCAGGACUGCAGUGUCAGCAGCCGGAGGAAGACCAGGCGCCCACUGAGACCCGCUUCUCCGCGGCCAGGAUCCUGGGGAGCCCCUCUUUCUCCCACUUCCGGGGGAACCCUAGGGAGAGUAAACCCCAAGUGGGGACCACUCGCCAACAGGACACGAACCGCAGAGACCAACAAAGGAACCUGGGGACCUCUACCACUCCGGCCAGGCCCAAUCCUGGGGGUGUCCAAGACACUGAGAUGGGCCCAUGCCGCAAACAUCUGGACUCAGUGCUACGGCAACUCCAGACCGAAAUCUUCCGAGGGUCUCAAACUCUCUAUGUGCCCAAUUGUGACCAUCGGGGCUUCUACCGGAAGCGGCAGUGCCGCUCCUCCCAGGGGCAGCGCCGUGGGCCCUGCUGGUGCGUGGACCGGAUGGGCCAGCCCCUGCCAGCAUCCGCGGACAGCAAUGGCGGCUCCCCCUGCUCCGCAGGGAGCAGUGGCUAAGGCUGGGUGGGGUCCUGCAGGGCCACUGGCAGGAGCCUGGAGCUGUCAUCUUGGGUCAUUCGUUGAGUGAUGAGUAACUCAGUCCCACACGCCACCUUCAGGCCCUGCUCCAUUGCCCCCCUUAUCCCUGAGACAUCACACAUGGAAAAGUUGUUGGUGUUGGCUUGGAGUGUUAAUAAAGCUGUUUUGGGGGGCUCUGGUCUAUG